AAAUUGCGCUGGAGAAAAUGGACUUGUUUUCGCGUUACGAGGGGGAAGGGGGGUGGAGAAUGGAAAUAUUGUUUGUGAGACAGCAGGGAGGACGUUUGAUGUGGAGACGCUCAAGCCAGCUCGUCUUCCUCCACUCAAUGUCAUCAAAGGUCGCAAAGAGGUGCCUGUUAUCAGACAGACUGAGGCCAGGAAGCAAGAGAUCGGGGCCGGUAAAUCUGACAAAUGGGACGACGGAAGGAUGUCUCACGUUUCGCCGUGCUCUCGCCUCUCUCCGCUCCUUGAACGCACUAAGAGUGAGGGGGCUGAGGAAUUGAGCGAGGGAGAGGAGCACCAGGAGGCUCCAUUCAAAGUCGGAGACGUGCUGAACAAGAGAAUCUCAAUCCUCGGUGUGCUGGGAUCAGGGGCUUUUGGUACGGUCUACAUCGCCUGGGACAAGCAGACCGAUGCUCAUCUUGCUGUUAAAGUGCAGAGGGCGGGGAAGAAACAUGUACAAGUGGCGCAGGAUGAAAUUCUACUUCUCUCUGCUGUCAAGCGAGGAUCCGAGACUCUGAGCAAGGGAAGCGAUUGUGUAGUGCAGAUUGUUGGAGCGUUUGGAAUCCCCAGCCCACACGGAAGGCAGAUCUGCCUUGCUCUUGAGCUCCUAGGGCCCUCCCUGCUGGAUCUGAUUAUCGACCACUCGUAUGCUGGAUGUCCCAUCCCCAUGGUAGCUUCGGUCAUGCGGGAUGUGCUUGCGGGGCUGGACUACUUGCACUCAGGUUGCAACAUCGUCCACACAGACGUGAAGCCUGAGAACGUGCUCCUGCGCCUCCCGAGCUCUCCUGCUGAUUGGUGGACUGAGAACCGUGAGGAUGAAGCCCCUGAUGGAUCAGCCUCGAAGCUCAGGAAGGGAUGGGCAGAGCAGAUGAAGGGUCCAGUGCGCGCAAAGCUUGUAGAUCUUGGCAACUCUUGCUUCGCCAACCGGCCAUUUACACAGGACAUCCAGACGAUCGAGUAUCGCUGCCCGGAGGUCAUCCUCGGAGCUGGGUUCUCGACGUCAGCUGACAUCUGGUCGGCCGCGUGCAUUGGCUUCGAGCUGCUGACGGGAGAAUAUCUCUUCGACCCUCAGGUUGGGAGAGAUAACUCAGGGGAGAUCUUGUAUGAGAAGGAGGAUGACCUCCUAGCACUACAUCAGGAGCUUCUGGGGACGAUGCCGCCUCACCUUGCUCUCCGAGGCACGAGAUCACCUCAAUUCAUGGAUGAGGAAGGGAAGUUGAAGCGAAUCAAGAGCUUGAAAUUUUGGGCGCUGGAGGACGUGUUGGUCGAGAAGUACGGGAUGGACAGAGAGGAAGCUAACGAAGUCUCUUCCUUCUUCCUUCCGAUGCUCCGAUUCGACCCUAAGGAGAGGAGCACAGCAGCAGAGAUGCUGGAACAUCCCUGGCUGAAGAAGCACGCGGGGCGCUUGUAA